CUCACAGAGAUCUCUCGGGUAGUACCACAAUAUAUUCUACGUACAACAAUGUGUUGAACGACUUCAACAAGCUUGCUCGUAUACCCCUCUCUUGCCGAAAUAACCCGCCAGACUGAGCAAACGGUUACGUACGUUGCUAGCAGCUUCUUUGUAUUCACCUGCAUGCCAGUUUCCUGGGUAGAUUGAUUCCUCGACUCUCCUUUCCUACUAUAAUAAUCGAACAAAACAACGCGAUUUCUGGAUCUACUGAUGAUGAAAGUUGAUAUAUAAUAAGGCAAAUAAUCAUCAGGAUCCCUCAACUCAUUGCAUCCAUCCUCCUCCAAACACCUCCAUCGAUAUUUCCACCCUAAAACUGAUCAUCGCUAUACCAAGAAUGGCGAGGAGGAUAUCGUCAUUGUUCUUCGUAACGAUGGCAACCCUGCAGCUGCUGCUAGCAAUCUGCUGCCCGCAGGCAAGCUGCUUCAAUCAGACACUGUGCGCAGGAAGCGACGGCAACGGGAGGUGCAGCCUAGAUUCAUACCCUGUUCCGACGAGUGUAGCUCAAGAUAGCAUGUUCACCGAUUUCGGGGACUGGGACCACUUUAGAGCCGGCGACCUCCCGGGCUGCACCGCGAUGCGUUACGUCGUCGGAGAGAAUGAGUAUUGGUUCACGGUUCACGCCUCUUUCAGCUGCGACGGCGCGCCCAGCGAGGAUUGCCGUCAGUGCUGGACCGACGGGUCCCAACGGCUGAAAGAAGGGUGCCUGAACCGAGCUGGAGGGUCUGUCUUGAUGGAGAAAUGUUGUGUGAGGUACGAGCUUUACGACUUCUGCGCGUAACUGUACUGUACGUGUCGUUGGGAGAGGUUUCAAUAACAAAUGUUAUACCAUGUACAGACAAAGUUCAAUCUACGUGUGUGGUUUGAAUUUUUGUCCGAGAUGAUCAUAAAGUUUACUAAGUUUGUACUACGUACGUACUCCCCGGUCGAAUUACAGUUCUCAACCAUGAAUGAUAUUUGAUUGGAUGGGUUCGUGUUUCCGAAGCAAUGCACACCUUUCUCUUUUUGUCAUUCUGUUCUUGUUUCUCCUUUGGCUUUAAUUUAGCCUUGUUGCCUUUGUCUAAAUGUAGGUUAGCACACCGCGGCUUGUCAUGUAGUGGUCAAAAUCUUGCCUAUUAUUUAAACUACGAGAAGAAUGAGAUGAAAUCGAAUUAAACUACGAGCCACUAGAGAGAAUUGAGAUGAAACAAAUUCCAUGGAUAUUU